CAUGGCUUCAGGACCAUCACCAUCUCAGGUUUUUCAUUCAAUAAUCACCCCGUCUGAAACCGGACUUGUGAUUAAAGCAUUUGAGUACAAUAAUGAUCUGUUCAAAUGAAACAAACAAUUCAAGGUACUUACAUUUGAUUCCACAGCUACUCCAACAACUUUUGUAGCCUCUUAAACCAAAUGAACAGAACUCUGAGAUUGACGAUCUUUAAACUUCUUCAUGAUCACGGAGUCCCCAGUCUGACAAUAAAAUUCAAGAAAAUUAUGUCACGAGGAUCCCCACAUAAUAUAAUUCGACUAAAGAGAAAGAUUCCGCAUAGAUUUUGUGGAACUAUUGGAGAAGCAAACUCAAGACCAGGUCAUCUGAUGGCAAAUAUUUUCUGGACUCACUUGCAAACACUUCACCACUCACUUGUAAAAGUUAUUCGGAAAGUUUCCGCCUGGAUACAUUUUUGGGGCUCUAGGGCCGUGAUAUGGUUGUAAUUAAAUUUGAGAAAGAAAAAAAAAAAUUGUACUUAAUUGUAGGAUCACAUGGAGACCAAAAAUGAACAGACGCAAAGAAAUGGAAAUAAAAAUGUUUAUUCGGCAAAACAAGUGGAGCUGAAUUGGGUAUUUGGAUGGCUACUUCCACGCAGCAUUUCCUUGAAGAAUUGACCAAUCAUUAUCUUUCGUAUAGCCAAGUAUGUUCUUACCAUUCAAACACAAUAGUCUCCGCCUAUAUAUUGAUCCUUCUGAUUUCCUUUCUUACAUUCAUACUCCCAUAUUUUCCCCACAACAAUCAAGAUGAGUGAAGCAGCAGCUACAAACGAGACUCCACAACGUCAGGCUCCCCGUUUGAAUGAGAGGAUCCUUUCAUCUUUGUCAAGGAGAUCAGUUGCUGCACAUCCUUGGCAUGAUCUUGAGCUUGGACCUGGAGCUCCCCACAUUUUCAACUGUGUUGUUGAAAUUACAAAGGGAAGUAAGGUGAAAUAUGAACUUGAUAAGAAGACGGGACUCAUCAAAGUUGAUCGAGUUUUAUAUUCGUCGGUGGUGUAUCCUCAUAACUAUGGUUUCAUCCCUCGCUCAUUAUGUGAAGAUAAUGAUCCACUGGACGUUUUGAUUCUCAUGCAGGAGCCAGUACUUCCUGGAUGUUUCCUUCGAGCCAGGGCCAUUGGAUUGAUGCCCAUGAUUGAUCAGGGAGAGAAUGAUGAUAAGAUAAUUGCAGUUUGUGCUGAUGAUCCAGAGUAUAAGCACUACACUGAUAUCAAAGAUCUUCCCCCUCAUCGCCUCACUGAGAUCCGUCGUUUCUUUGAAGAUUACAAGAAAAAUGAGAACAAGAAGGUUGCAGUUAAUGAUUUUUUACCUGCAUCCACUGCUGUUGAAGCCAUCCAGUACUCUAUGGACCUGUAUGCCGAGUACAUUAUGCACACUCUCAGAAAAUAGAUAAACAGGCUAUAUCUCAGUAGACUAAUCAUAUCCAUCAGUUCGAAUAAGUGAUAUGAACUCGGUUUCAUUUCAGCAAUUUUGAGGAACAUUUAAAUUUUGAAUCUACUUACUGCAAUUUUUGUUUGUUUCUCUCUUACAUAACUGUAACACGUUUCUGCAAUGGGUUGAAAUGAAAUGCUCUCUCGUUAAUUCAGGCUGAGAUUUAUCAUUGAUCCAACCAUAAGCGCCCACAGAUG